UAUGGAUUAUUCGAUACUUCUUUGUUAGAGUGAAGUUUCCUCGUAAAAAAUUGACAGACGAGUGGGGACCUGAAAUUCUAUGUAUCGAUCGGCGGCGAGACGGCUGCUGCCGGCGUUAUGCCGGCGAACUGUUCACUUUCGAAGGCAGGUUUCUCCAGUCGGUUUCUCCGCCCCAACCAUACCUCCGGCGGCGUUUUUUGUGACUGCUGCUUCCGAAAACGCUCGAAAUCACAAACCUAAUAGCUUCGAAUCCGCCAAUCAUCCAUCAUCAUCAUCAUCAUCAACAUCGUUAGGUGAAGGUCGGAACCCUAGAUUCACAGGCGGUGCCAAAACUCACUGGCAGGAAGAGCAGGCUAGUGUUCUUCAGGCGUCCCUCCGCCACGUGAUUAGAUUAGGGUGGAGUGAUGCUGCCAUGAUUGCUGGAGCAAAGGAGGUUGGUGUUUCUCCUUCCAUUGUAGGAUCUUUUCCUCGGAAAGAAGCUGAAUUGGUAGAGUUUUUCAUGGAUGAUUGUCUGCAAAAGUUAAUUGACAUAAUUGACAUGAAAGAGGAUUUGAAAACCUUAAUCCCUAGUCACCGUGUGGCCAAGCUUGUUAGAGUUCGCCUAGAAAUGCAGGCUCCCUACAUUUCGAAGUGGCCUCAAGCACUAAGCAUACAGGCGCAACCUUCAAAUGUUUCCACAAGCUUCAAGCAGAGAGCAAUGCUUGUUGAUGAGAUUUGGCAUGCUGCUGGGGACGAGGCAACUGAUACUGAUUGGUAUGUGAAGAGAACAAUCCUUGGUGGAAUAUACUCUGCAGCUGAACUAUACAUGCUAACUGAUACUUCCCCAGAUUUUCAGGAUACAUGGGAAUUCCUGGACGAACGAAUUAGAGACGCAUUCAACCUUAAAAAGACAGUUCAAGAGGCAAAGUAUCUGGCAGAAGCAGUGGGAGCUGGGAUGGGAGGUUCUGCUCAAGAAUUCGUGAAGAAGCUCUUCCAGCGUUGAUUAUUAACAAGGAUGGUGAAAAUAAUAUUACUGCUUUUACACUUUUUUCUCGAUGGACCGAUAGUAAGAAUAUUUGCGAGAGUACCGUUUGGCAUAUGUAUAAUCCUUGUCCCUAUGGAGUGUUAUUCAGCAAUAAAAUGCGAAUUACGAAUGUUUUAUACAGUGAACUUCCCCAGUUAAAUCUGUAAAUAAAUAAAGUGAAAACGGAGGCCAAAUAAGUAUCUAAAUAUAGAUGCUCUUUGUUCUCAAAA